AUGGCACAUGUGCUCCUUACCGGUGGCAGCGGCUUCAUAGCUAUGCACAUAAUCAAGGUGCUAUUGGAGCAAGGCCACUCAGUAAUCACAACUGUGCGAAGGCAGGCCAAGGCAGAAAUAAUCAGUCAAUCAUUCUCUGGAUAUUCGCCCGAUAAGUUGGGCUUUGUCUUCGUCCCCGACGUUGGACAACUUGGGGGCUUUGACGAGGCCGUCCAGUCUGACCCCCCUUUCGACGCAGUCAUACAAACUGCGAGCCCCGUGACAUACGAAGUCAAAAACAUCCAGGCAGACUUGAUCAACCAACCUGUUAAUGGGACCACCAAUAUUCUUCAAGCUAUCAAGGCGGGGGCUCCGACAGUCAAGCGAGUGGUGAUCACGGGGUCCUUUGUCUCUAUGUUGGAUAUGUCAAAAGGUCUUCGGCCCGGUCAUACGUACGACGAGACAGACUGGAACCCCAUCACAGCCGAGGAGGCACUGGCGAACCCAGCUAGAGGCUACGCAGCAAGCAAAACAUUUGCAGAGGAGGCGGCAUGGAACUUUCAGAGUGAAGAGUUUCCGAGCUUCACGCUGUCCGUCAUUUUGCCACCUCUUGUUUUCGCUUUGGCCCACGUACGGGCCAUGGAAGAGCCCGAGGCCGGGAACAAACGCUUCUUCGUCGCCAACGACCACUUUUCGAACCGUGAUAUCAUCCGCAUAAUUCGCAAAAGAUCUGCCAAAUACCGUGUCAGUCUGCCAUCGGAACAUUUGCCAGGUGGUGAAUUGCCAGAAGACGUGUUUUCUAUCAACACCCAACGUUCGGUGAACAUCUUAGGAAUGGAAUAUAGGACUUUGGAGGACUGUAUUGCCGACACUGUCGAAUCUUUCGCGGCGGUAGAGUCGCGAGACACCUAG